CGCUUGGUGGCUACUGGCGGCCGAGGUAGAAGCAGUGGCGCUGGAGUUGGCCGGGGCCAGCGGCAGGCACGUUAACAGGGAUGUGGAUCAGAAGUGGAGAAGCCAGAACUUGAACUGGUGUUCCAGUAUGAGAUGCUGCUUAACCUGUUGCAUCAUGAUACCAGCCCCUGCUUGCUAUUUUCUUGAUGAAAGAAUCUUAAAGGGGUAGAAGUUGUAGGAAGUGACUGCGAUUUGGAGCUUCAGCAACUUCUUCCAGGGAAGAGUGCCAGUGCAGCUGCUGUCACAACCCAAGAACUUAACCCAAAUCCAUAGAUUGGAAUAUUGGUGGGCCAGCAAUCAUCAGACACUUCACUUAGGACAGAUGAGGAAAUUGAGACUUGGUGAAGUUUCGAAACUUGUCCAAAGUCACACAGCUUGUAAAGGGCACAGCCAAGAAUCAGAGCCAGUGGUACCUUUGGCAUUUAACACCUGCAUGAAAUUAGAGUCUCCUGAAAAAGGAAGUCUAGCUAAUUUAAGAUUGUAAAAAUUAAAAUGAAUAAACUGCGACAGAGUUUCAGGAGAAAGAAAGAUGUUUAUGUUCCAGAGGCUAGUCGUCCACAUCAGUGGCAGACAGAUGAAGAAGGGGUUCGUACUGGAAAAUGUAGCUUUCCAGUUAAGUACCUUGGCCAUGUAGAAGUUGAUGAAUCAAGAGGAAUGCACAUCUGUGAAGAUGCUGUCAAGAGAUUGAAAGCUGAAAGGAAGUUCUUCAAAGGCUUCUUUGGAAAAACUGGAAAGAAAGCAGUUAAAGCAGUCCUGUGGGUAUCAGCAGAUGGACUUAGAGUUGUGGAUGAGAAAACUAAGGACCUCAUAGUUGACCAGACAAUAGAGAAAGUUUCUUUCUGUGCCCCAGAUAGGAACUUUGAUAGAGCCUUUUCUUACAUAUGUCGUGAUGGCACCACUCGGCGCUGGAUCUGUCACUGCUUCAUGGCUGUCAAGGACACGGGUGAAAGAUUGAGCCAUGCAGUAGGCUGUGCUUUUGCAGCCUGUCUAGAACGUAAGCAGAAGCGGGAGAAGGAAUGUGGAGUAACUGCUACUUUUGAUGCCAGUCGGACCACUUUUACAAGAGAAGGAUCAUUCCGCGUCACAACAGCCACUGAACAGGCAGAAAGAGAAGAGAUCAUGAAACAAAUGCAAGAUGCCAAGAAAGCUGAAGCAGAUAAGACAGUUGUUGGCUCAUCGGUGGCCCCUGGCAACACUGCCCCAUCUCCAUCCUCUCCCACCUCUCCCACCUCGGAUGCCACCUCCUCUCUGGAGAUGAACAAUCCUCAUGCCAUCCCACGCCGGCAUGCCCCGAUUGAACAGCUUGCUCGCCAAGGCUCUUUUCGAGGAUUUCCUGCUCUUAGCCAGAAGAUGUCACCCUUUAAACGCCAGCUAUCCCUGCGCAUCAACGAGUUGCCCUCCACUAUGCAGAGGAAGACUGAUUUCCCUAUUAAAAAUCCAGUGCCAGAGGUAGAAGGGGAGGCAGAGAGCAUCAGCUCCCUGUGCUCACAGAUCACCAGUGCCUUCAGCACACCCUCUGAGGACCCCUUCUCAUCUGCUCCAAUGACCAAACCAGUGACAGCAGUGGCACCACAAUCUCCUGCCUUCCAAGCUAAUGGCACUGACUCAGCCUUCCAUGUGCUUGCUGCUAAGCCAGCCCAUACCGCUCUAGCACCCAUAGCAUUGCCUGUGCGUGAAACCAACCCUUGGGCCCAUGCCCCUGAUGCUGCUAACAAGGAAAUUGCAGCCACACGUUCGGGGACCGAAUGGAGUCAGUCAUCUGGUGCUGCCUCUCCAGGUCUUUUCCAGGCUGGUCACAGACGCACUGCCUCUGAGGCUGACCGCUGGUUAGAAGAGGUGUCGAAGAGUGUCCGGGCUCCGCAGCCCCAGGCCGCAGCUGCCCCUCUGCAGCCAGUUCUCCAGCAUCCUCCACCCACUGCCAUCUCCCAACCAGCACCACCUUUCCAAGGGAAUGCAUUCCUUACCUCUCAACCUGUGCCAAUGGGUGUGGUCCCACCCCUGCAGCCAGCCUUUGUCCCUGCCCAGACCUAUCCUGUGGCCAAUGGGAUGUCCUAUCCAGCCCCUAAUGUGCCUGUGGUGGGCAUGACUCCCUCCCAGAUGGUAGCCAACAUGUUUGGCACUGCAGGCCAUCCCCAGGCUGUGCUCCCCCAUCAGUCACCCAGCUUGGCCAAGCAGCAGACAUUCCCGCAGUACGAGUCAAGCAGUGCUACUGCCAGUCCCUUCUUUAAGCCUCCUGCUCAGCACCUCAACGGCUCUGCAGCUUUCAAUGGUGUAGACAAUGGCAGGUUGGCUUCAGGAGACAAGCACCCGGAGAUUCCUGCAGGCACCUGUACAGUGGAUCCUUUUGAAGCUCAGUGGGCUGCAUUAGAAAGCAAGUCCAAGCAGCGUACUAAUCCCUCCCCUACCAACCCUUUCUCCAGUGAUUUACAGAAGACAUUUGAAAUUGAACUGUAAGCAAUCUCUGUGGUUUAUGUAUCUUGUCCACACUUAGGCGAAGGGGUAGAAAGGUCAAAGGAGCCUUUGUCUUCCUGAUCAGGACACUUUUCACUAACCCCAAAAAGUCCCCAAGAACAAGUCCAGGCACAGAGUACAGUGAGGGAUGAUUUUGAAAAGAAGUGGGGAAAACCAUUCCUAGAGAAGCCUGUCUUGGAAGUAGGCUAAAGAAAUCAAGGGCGCGCCCUCUGUACCCUCUCCUCCCUUGUGCCCUUCCAGAUCUCUGGUGGCAGACAGGCAGAAGUAUCUGAAUAGAAAUCUACAUUCAAAGCACAUUUACUGGGAUAUGAAAUACAAUGGGAAGCAAAGCAGUCUUCCUUUUGUUUUCCAGGCCAUCCACCUGCCUUCUCUCAGUACUGGUCUGUCUUAGAGACAAGAACAGAGCAUUUGUGCUCUAGCUGGGAACAGAGAGGCUGUGCUGCCAGAAUUCCUGGGAGGCCACAUCAGCAACUACCCAGCAGAGCUAUAUUGUGGGGGUAAAGUUAAGCUUCCAUUUUGGGUAACAGAAUUAAAUAUUAUAAAUAUAUAUAUAUCAAAAAGCCAAAAUCUUUAUUUUUAUGCAUUUAGAAUAUUUUAAAUAGUUCUCAAUAUUAAAAACUUGUAUGAGUUGUAAGUAAUCUUGCCAAAAGUAAAAGGGUUAGUUGUAAGAAAUUGUAUAUAAGAUUGAUUUAUCAUUGAUGCCUAUUGAAGUAAAAAGCGCAAGCGUCAGAAGUCACAGAUGGAUCCCUAGCUUGUUUGAGAUUGUAUUCAUUGUGAGUAGCACACUGCAGCAACAAUCAUGCUUGUGACCAAUACCGUCACUAGGCUGUAGUUUUAAAGACAGUGAAACAGCAGUAUUGUCCUGGUUUUAAAACUCUGAUGAAAAUCUAAUGUCAUUAUUUUAAUGCAAUCAAUCUAAAUAUGCUCUAUAGAGAAUGUUAUCUUUUAUAUAUUGCUGCAAUUUCCUUAUGUUAGUCUUUUAACACUAAGGUGACAAUGACAUAAUCACAUCCAUAGAAGGGAAUGCAGGUUCCUGUCUUGGUUUGUAAUGUCGGUCCUGGUGGGUUUUGUUUCGUCCUUUAAAUUUUUUUCCUCCAGGUUUUGUGGGGAUGGGAAUUCUGGUUUUGGUAGCUUUGUGUGUCCGCUGCCCCCUUUGGUGAGCAGAGCGUCCCAUUGCCAGCUGACCUCGGGUAAUGUGUGAUCCCAUCUCAUUUUUACUUUGGAACGUUGGCCUUACAAUCAAAUGUAAGUUAUAUAUAUAUAUAUUUGUACUGAUGAGAAUUUAUAAUCUGCUUUAACAAAAAUAAAUGUUCGUGGUAGAA